GAGAGUUACGAUCUGGAUUGAACGGAUAGGCAAUAAUCGACGACGGAGAUUUUUUUUCUUUUUCUGAAUAUUAUGUUGGUAAUCGACGACGGUGAUUUUUUUUUCUUUUUCUGAAAAGGCGAUGAUGCUUCUUCUUCUUCUUCCUCGAAUCGAAAAUCACGGAUCACGGCGAUCUGUAGACAUUCCAUGGACACAGAGAGAGAGAGAGAGAGAGAGAGAGAGAGAGAGAGAGAGAGAGAGAGAGAGAGAGAGAGAGAGAGAGAGAGAGAGAGAGAUUACAGAAAACGCGAACGAAGAUGUGUCUCUGUCUUGCUCUGUUUUUCUUAAUUUUAUUGUUUCCUUAAGUUUAUCUUUUUCAAUUGAAAAUCAUCCUCCGCCGUUCUCUUAGCCACGAGCACCGUUUUGUUUUUCAUUUCGUGGAAAUCUAAACUCAGUCGUUUUCUUCCCAUCCCUCUUCACCAGUCACGGAAAUAAAUCGAUCAGAGCUACUAAUGGCAACCAGAGGACGAAAUCAACCUGUGAUGCAACCAUGACCUUUUCUUCAGUGACGUUGUUGCUGGCUUGGCUGGAGCUUCUUCUUAUUAAUAAAGAACUUAUAGUUUCUCCACCAGAGUUCUUGGAACACAACAGGUUGAUGCACAUAUUUACCGGUGGAGAUGGGAUACCAAGAUUGUGAUUUCAGAUGUUGAUGGAACUAUUACUAAAUCUGAUGUGUUAGGUCAGUUCAUGCCUUUGGUUGGAAGGGCCUGGACACAGUCUGGUGUGGCCAGGCUUUUUUCAGCUAUAAAGGAGAGUGGAUAUCAGCUGCUGUUUCUGAGCGCUCCUGCCAUUGUUCAGGCAUAUCUAACAAGAAGUUUCUUAAAUAAUCUAAAGCAGGACAGAAAAGCUCUACCGAACGGUCCUGUAGUCAUUUCACCAGACGGGUUGUUCCCAGCAUUGUACCGUAAAGUGAUAAGAAGAGCACCUCAUGAAUUCAAGAUCGCAUGUUUGGAGGAUAUCAAGAAGCUUUUCCCAGAGCACUAUAACCCGUUCUACGCUGGAUAUGGAAACAGAGACACUGAUGAGCUGAGUUACAGCAAAGUCGGAAUCCCCAAGGGAAAGAUAUUCAUAAUCAACCCAAAGGGAGAGGUAGCAACAGGACAUCGAGUAGAUGUCAAGAAGUCUUAAACAUCACUUCAUUACUCAUUUUAAUUGAUAGUUGUGAACUCCAUCUGACUAAAAAAAUUGGUUUAGGGUGGCUCAAAACCAAGAGGUUUCUGCUAUGGUCAAUGCAUCUGAGGUGACAGGUCAAGAUGCUAACCAUUCGUGAGAUCUUGCCUUAUUGAGAAGGAAAUGAAAUUAACAAAAACUAAUACGUAUGUGUUUACUUUUUAUUAAUAUAUAUGCAAAUCACAG